GUGCAAUGUCAGUAAAAAAUUGUUGUGAAAAGCUUAUACUUUUACACAUUUCAAUAUUUCCAAACAAUUACAUAUUUUCUUCGCAAUGAAGAUUUUUUGCCAUCAAGGGAGGAAGUCCAAUAUUUUGCCAUAGAAUAUUCUCCAAGUGGUGACAACCCUAGUCGACAGAGCUUUUCAACACUGGUUGCGUUGACAUUGUAUAAAUCGUUUUGAGAGAGAUAAAGCUGAAUCCGACUGAAAAUGGCCAACAAAUUCCGGAAUCUGAACAGCAAACUCUGCCAGUUGGCCAGGAGCAGCUUCCAGCGGACAUCGGUGCGUCCGCGGAUGAGUUUUCCGGGACGUGAAAGCGGCUUUACCGGAAAUCGCAAGGUGUUGGGCGCCUUGGGAGCCCUAACUGGAACAGCGGGGCUACUGAUCUACGCCCUGGAAAGCAGCGUGGAUGCCUCCUCGGACUGCGUGCAUCCGGCCCAUCAGCACUGGAACCACAAAGGGCUCUUGUCCGCCUUGGACAAGGAGAGCGUGCGCCGAGGAUACACCGUUUACAAGGAGGUCUGCUCCUCCUGCCACUCCUUGCAGUACAUGGCCUAUCGCAACCUGGUGGGCGUGUGCAUGACGGAGGCGGAGGCCAAGGCCGAGGCGGAGGCCAUUACCGUGCGGGAUGGCCCCAACGAUGAGGGCGAGUACUACGAGCGUCCGGGCAAGCUGUCCGAUCACUUCCCCUCUCCGUAUGCCAACGAGGAGGCGGCCCGUUCCGCCAACAAUGGCUCCUAUCCGCCGGAUCUCAGCUACAUUGUGUCGGCUCGCAAGGGCGGCGAGGACUACGUGUUCUCCCUGCUCACCGGAUACUGUGAGCCGCCGGCUGGAUUUGCCCUACGCGACGGACUGUACUUCAAUCCGUACUUCUCGGGCGGAGCCAUUGCCAUGGGCAAGGUAGUGGACAAUGAAGUGGUCACCUAUGAAGAUUCAGAUGUGCCCGCCUCGGCCGCUCAAAUCGCAAAGGAUGUAUGCGUCUUCCUCAAGUGGACUUCUGAACCGGAGUCUGACGAACGCCGCCUGCUGCUCAUCAAGGUUACUCUGAUUUCGGCCUUUCUGAUCGGCAUUUCCUACUACAUCAAGCGUUUCAAGUGGUCAACGCUCAAGUCUCGCAAGAUCUUCUUUAUACCCGAACUGGAGGCCCAGGCCAAAAGGGAGGCGGAGAAGGCCGCCAAAGCAGCGUACAAGGCCAAGCAGCAGGAGUGCAACAAGUGCGAGAACCAGAACGAUAAGAAGGACUAAGUUUGGCUUUCCAGGGCUUUAGC